AUCAAUUCUGUUCAGUGUCCCAGAUCGAUGCUUGAGGGGAGAUCCGGGACCCAGGAUUUUUCUGAGUUUGCUUUUGCGAGGCUUUCUGUGAGGGUUGCUGAACCACGCAGGGCCACCACUUCUCCUGCCUUUGAGGUUCAAACCUUGCCAUAGUUGGUGGGUCAAACGUCCGAGUUCAUGUGAGUUGAGGUCAUGUUUUACUGGGACAAACUGCGACAUUUGGAGAUCUCUGAAAAACCAGAGCUUGAUCCCUACCAGGCAAACAGAAGCAUGCAAACAAAACCAGGACCACAUCGGCGGAUCAGCGCCUUUCAGUCUCCGCCUGGUCCCUGCUGUUUGGCUCAGUGGUUGGGCCGGGCGUGGCGGCACGCGCCACGCGAGCGGUUCUUCAUGGCCAAGCCCAUCGUCAUCACGCUGAAGCGGCGGGCGUCCCGGUCGCGCUCGCGCGAAGACGCCGAAGAGGCUGAAGAGGCCGAAGAUGAGGUGAUGGACCGGGCAGCGCUCCAAGGUCACCUGGACACCUUUCAGGAGGAGCUGAAUACCUGGCUGGCCAGUGAGAGCGUGAAGCUGGGCAAACUACAUCAGAGUGGUCAGGAGCUCCAGGCCACCUUGGCGGCCAAGCGAACGGAGGUGAUGGAGUUUCUGGCGAAGCAUGGCCGGCCGGCGGAGGAGGAGGCGGAACUCACCGCGCUGGUGGUUAGCCUCAAGAAGAUGCUGGACGAGGAUAAGAAGGCCUGGGCGGCCUUAAGUGCCAGCUUGCAAGACCUCGCCAAGCGGAAGGGCGUGCCAGCAGACAAGAAGCCCUUGGAGCUCUUGAAGGCGUUGCUACGCCACGAUAGCAAGUCGGAUGAUGAGAGCUACAGCUACAGCGACUGAGUCUGGCCUCGAAGUACUGGGACCGGCGACAAAAGGAAAAAGAACGACCAUCCAGUGGGUGCUGGAGUGCCGCAGUGGCAGGGUUCGAAACCGGUGGAUGUUUGCAAGUCUUCUCAGGAAAGGCGAUGCUUUUUCAAGAAAGCCCAUGCAACAAAAGGUGCU